UGUUGUUGUUGUUGAAGGCACAAAAUGAUUAUGUUUGCUCUUUAUAGUUAAAAAAAAUUGGAGUAAAGCUAAGAAAGAAAGAGAAGCAAAUGAACACAAAUGAUAAGGUCUUAUUUUAUCUCUUUUGACCCUUUUAACUUCCCUCACAUGUAAACCAAAGUGAAGCACAUCUAUAUUUAGAGUUUGCCCUUUCUCAGCUUCUCAAAAUCUAUCUCAACAAAACAGCACUUGUCUUGUAGAGAAGAAAACACCAAAGGAAAUGACACUUCUUGCUUUCACAUCUGGGUCCUGAAGCUGACCUCAUUGUGACUUCUCCUUCUUCUAUUGCUACUAAGAUCAAUCUCAAGAAAAGAAAAGAAAAGAAACAUACAUAUGCAUUAUAACAAGUACUCUUCUUCUUGACAGGAGACAUGGCUCAACAGGAAGAAGGGUGGCCUCUGGGUUUGCAGCCCCUGAAUGUGAGAAUAGGUUUGCCUAGAAAUGGUGAAUUUUCUGGAUCCGUAUCAUUCAAUACUUUACUCACUGGUUCUCCAACUUCCUCAACAGAUUCUUCAUCAGAUUUAGACACAGAGUCUACUGGAUCUUUCUUCCACGACAGAAGCAUUACACUAGGGAGCCUUAUCGGUGUCAAGAACAUAUUAGAGCUAUCAAGUAAAUCAUCAAAAGUAAGGAAAGUAGAAGUACAGAAAGAAAAAAAGAGCAACAAAAAACCCAAAACAUGGCUUUUCUCUUUAUGUUCAAGAGACAGCACUGAUGUUCAGAAUGUGAAUAAUCCUCCAUCUCUUGGCCACUUUCUUGCUGUGGAAAGAAGAGCAGCUAAUGAAUAUAGAAGGAAUAAUCAAAGCCCCGAUAAUAUUUAUGGACUUGAUGAAAUUUCCUUACCUCAGCCUAUACCAGAACCUAAUUCACUAUUUGUUAAUGGUCAUGUUGCUCCUCCAAGAAAUGGAGGGUUAGAGAAUAAUGGAAAUGGGCAUGGAGUUCCUGUCCUGCUUUCAUGCAUGUGUGGACCUCUUAAUGAAUAAGGUUGUUCAGAACUUUCCAUUGUGCUAGUAAUUUAUUAAUAGGUUAGAUGUUUAUCUUGUAGUAAAGAAGAUCACCAUUUUAAUUUCUGACAUUUCUUUUUCCUUUUUUUCUUUUUAGUAAUUCUUGAUUGUUUGUUCUAAA